GGAGAAGCAGUAUGGCGCAGAAUCGCGUGCACAGUCGAUUGCACGACGUUGAGAUGGUUUAGUGGCGCCUGUAACUUCGCGUUAGGAAGGCAAGCAUUUAUCAGCAAACUGUCGACGAAUUGGACACCGAUUUUCCUUGUACAGAAUGAGAAUACCACGAACACGGGAACGCAGACAAGAGAUACAAGCGUAGUGACAGCAUUGCGCGCCUUUCAACCUGAUUGGCGUCGAUCGGAAGUCACCACCAAGAUGCCGUUCACGGCAGACGCCGCGGCGAGCCAGAUUCAAGAGCGGCUGAAGAACCUAUACCACCUGGUGCACGAGAUCGAAACGCAACGAGUCCGAUCGGAACACAAUCUAAAUAACAUCAUAAAGACCUACGAGAAGGUGACCCCAGAGGACAAGGUGUCCCCCUACUAUCAACAGAAGCUGAAGAACCUCUACAGUGCGGCGGUGGGUGACGCUCAGCAGGAGGAAGAGAUCCUUCGCAAGGCGCUCGUGAAGAUCAACGAGAUCCGCGCGAUCAGAAAUGAGCGACGCAUACAAGCCCGCAACGCAGGCAACAAGGAGACGAUCAGACGCGGUGCACUGAUGAAGAUGCUGCUGAGCACCGCGCAGACCCUCCCUCUGUACGUGGGCAAGUCACCAGGAGCAAAGCCGCCUCCUUUAUGCGGAGCGAUAGCAGCAGAGCCAACGUACAUCGCGAAGAUGGGCGACAUGGUGGCAGCGUUAGUUAAAGGCUCCGAGGAAGAGGAGAAUUGGAUACUUGCCGAGGUAGUCCAGUUCAAUCCCACCACGAACAAGUACGAGGUGGACGAUAUCGACGAGGAGCAGAAAGAUAGGCAUACCUUGUCGCGACGACGCGUGGUGCCCCUCCCGUUGAUGAGGGCCAACCCGGAGACCGAUCCUCACGCCUUGUUCCCGAAAGGAUCUAUCGUGAUGGCGUUGUACCCGCAAACCACCUGCUUCUAUAAGGCUGUGGUGAAUCAGUUGCCCACCACCGCUACCGAGGAGUACGAGGUCCUGUUUGAGGAUGCCACCUACGCGGACGGGUACUCCCCGCCGUUGAACGUCGCGCAGCGUUACGUGAUCUCCAUCAAGGAGAGCAAGAAGAACAAGAGUCAGUGUUAAUGGAGGUUGAUCCACUCGCACCAGUAUUAUUACCUUGAUUCUCCCGCUCGUUACCGUUAGUACUUUUCCCCUUUUCUUUUGUACCAGAGACUAUUGAUUCGAAACAAUAAAGUUCAUGACUUUCGAAUA